AUGAAUGACGACAAUCAAUUGGGGAACUCAAGGUCAGUUCCUCCUCUGGACAUCGAGACACGCCAUGAAACAAACGCUGCUGAACGCCCGGGCCGACCCCGUGGCAAAAUCUGUCGGUUUCUAGGGAAGGUUACGAAUGAUGUGAUCACGAGCCCAUUCAGUGAAAUAUCUGUGGACACUCAGACACCACUCCCUGCUCCUCCUUCAUCCAUUCCUCCUCCAUCUCCUGCUUCUCAGCCCUCAUCCAUGCCCACCUUGGAUUCUAUCCUCCAUCCCAUCCUUAACCAUCUUGAGGAAGUUUCAGAGAGAGUAGAUGGGUGUUUUGCUAGACUUGGUGGAGAGAUUCAGUGGUUGGAGAAGUGCUCGAACUCGAAGGAUUUGCGCAGCCGCGACCCUGUUCUCCCUAACGUCGAUCAUGAAGGCUCAUCAAUUCCCAAUAUUGAGGUUCAACCUGCCACCAUUCAGGAUGCUUCUACUGGUGUGAAACAAGGUGCCGAUCCCCAGUCGGUGGACGUGGCACUUCGGGACGCCUAUGGUGGUGCAAAUGCACUUUUGGGACCUAUCAGAUCCGUAGCGUCUGCAGGCCAAAAUGCACCAGCAGCUCUCGAUGAUAUGGACAGUAUGGAGGCCACAUAUCUUCAACCCCUCAGGAUAUUCGACACUGUACAUCCAUAUGCAAAGAUGGCAUUGGGUGUGCUAUCUUGCGCAUUGAAAAUAAUUCUUGCUCAAGUGGAUCGCAAUGAAGCGAUACUUGACCUCUACAAGAAGUUGGGUCAAGUGUAUGGCUUCAUGACACAAGAUGACACACUUGAUCAGAUUUUGUUGAUGAGCACCAUUUUGGGACAGAUCUCUCAACAGAUCCUUGAAUGUGCGCAUUUCAUUAGGGAUUAUUCAGAGAAGAAGAACUUUUGGAAGAGACUUGGAAAGAAUGUUGUCUCAGAAACAGACGAUACAAUACAAUGGUAUAAUAACGUGUUGGAUGCGCUUAUGCAAAACUUUCGGGACCAAGUUGCUCGUGACGUAGCCAUCUACAUCCACCAUACAGGUGAAAUACUGGACCUCAGUGGUAUGGCUUAUGUGGAGGCCACAGGACUAGAUACUAGGAAACGAUGUCUGCCAGGGACGCACACAGAUAUUCUCUCCAACAUCAUGAGAUGGAUCAACAACAGUGAAGAUGAUGCUCCACGUGUGCUAUGGCUAUCUGGCCCUGCUGGAACGGGUAAAUCAGCCAUCGCUCACACGAUCGCUAGCUCAUUCAUUGGGGUCUUCUCCACCAUCACACGCGACCUGGCUGACCGCCAUCCCCAGAUGAGACAAGCAUUAGCGGAUGCAGUCCGGAACACAAAUGCGCUCAAGACUACAGCGGAUGUCGUACAGCAGUGGCAGGAGCUUCUUAUUGAACCGCUAGGGAAGCUUUCUGAGUCACCUGUAGGGCCUGUCAUGAUCGUCAUUGACGCACUAGACGAAAGUGGCAAGGCAGUAGAGACACGCAGCGACCUUCUACGCAUUCUUGCCGGUAAACUUCAAGAUCCAACCAUCACUCAUGUCAUGAAACUUCUGAAAAACUUCCGGAUCAUUGUUACUUCUCAUCCACUCCAUGAUAUAGAAGCAGCGUUUUCAGAGCACGACAUACAUGCUUACAUAAUGAACCAGUUGGAAGAGUUUUUGGAUUUUGGGGACACACAGUUUGCAGUGCUUGCUAAGAAAGCUGAUGGCCUGUUUGAGUGGGCACAUCUUGCUUGUAAAUCCAUCAAAGCACCCCCUCCUGGCUUAUCUUCAUCCGAGUCCUUCGAUGCUGUGGUAUCCUGCAAUCCCGCUGAGCGGGAAAACUUGUUGUAUGAUAUGUAUGAUUUCAUUUUGACAGAGAUCAUGCAAAUAAACCAAUCUCCCCGUUCUAUGUCUCUGCACAAACAGCUAACGAGAUUUUGUUCUGUGAUGGGACAAAUCCUUGGCGCAGCUGAGCCCCUCUCUUUGGAGUCCCUGAAUGUUAUAUGGAACUGA